AUGGCGACUCGAGUCUGCAAGACCUGGCAGAGCAACAUCCAGGCAUCACACAAGCUUCAAAGAGCUCUCUACUUUGAAUCGGCGCCAGGAGAUCCACUCAAGUUCUCACACAAGCGCCAACAUAUCGAUCCUUCGACUUAUUUCACGCCACAACACCUUCUCCUACAGCAUUUCAGGGGAGAAGUCUACCAUCUCCCGCCCGCAGAUCCCAAGGCAGCCGAAGACUGGGAGUACAUGUGGACAAUUUCCUCCCCAGCUCCACGCCAGCCGGUCCCUGUUACGAUACACCCGCUCUGGGAAAUCUUCCAUGAACUCUUUGACACGCACUUCCAGUGCCUCCCAGAGUCUGACAGCUCCACCCCCACACCUGCCUGGCGUCGACCGGAAGCAUCCUGGCGUCGAAUGCUCCUCUCAGAUCGCGCCUUCAAAUGCCACCUGCUCUUCCGCUCCGAGACGUCUUCGAUGAUGGAACACAACGAUAUCAUGCGGAUUAGGGAUAGCAGGAGAUGGCCGCUUGGUCGGAUCUUCGAUAAGGCUGUGCGACAUGUGCGUCGUGCGCCAUGGAUCAAGAAGGUGCGCAGGGAAGACAUGAACAUCGAUAUGUUUGAAGUUGAGGUGAGGGCUUGGCAGCUUUGGGAUGAGAUGGAGGGACACGAUGGAUGGCCUGAUAGUGAGGAGGGAACGAUCGCGGCAAUUCUGGGGCGCGAGGAGAACCAGGGGGAUGAUGAAGAAGAGGAGGCGGUGUCAUGA